AUGAAGUUUGUUUCAUCUGCUGAGACAGAACCAGCCAGCACGACAACAAUUUAUGAGGAUUCAAAGUCAGGUCGAGGUAUGAGCACAAUGCCUCGUGUUGUGAAAAGAAAAUUUCAGAAAAUCAAGCCAGUUGUUGAGUACAAUAAAAGGGGGAAAGGAUGUGGCCCUGCACAUACUGAGAUGCAGUCUUACAUUGGUGUGUUGGCACGCUCCAGAGUCCCACUUGUGGACAAGAAAUGGGCUGAAAUCCCCAAGGAUAUAAAGGAGCAGAUUUGGGAAGCCGUUGACAUGGCUUUUGUGGUAGGUCAAGGGGGCAAGAACCUGGUGUUAUCUUCUGCUGCCAAGAAAUGGAAGGAUUUCAAGUUACACUAA